AAAAAUGGGUGACACAUUAGAAAAUAUUAAUCCCAAAUUAUAUAAAAAAAUAAAUGAAAGAGAAAUUACUGCAGAAGAUGAAGAUGAAGAUAUUAUAGAUGAAUUUGAUACACGUGAAAUAUUUGAUUGAUAAUAAAGCAAACAAAGUAUAUGUAAAAUUCACUCCAACAAUACCACACUGUAGCAUGGCAACAUUAAUUGGUUUAUCAAUUAGAGUACAAUUAUUACGAGUUCUUCCUCCAAGAUUUAAAGUUAAUGUUGAAAUUACACCAGGUACUCAUAUGUCAGAAGCAGCAGUAAAUAAACAAUUAGCUGACAAAGAAAGAGUAGCAGCAGCUCUUGAAAACAAUCAUUUACUUGAAGUGAUCAAUCAGUGUAUUGGUAUAAAAUGU